GAGUCUACUGCCUAAUGUCGAAAAAUAGUAAUAAGUAAGUUUUUGAGAAAGAGCUUAGUUCCCCGGAUGUGAUCAAAAUUUGAGGUAACCAUUUGCUCCAGCAGGUAUGGCAGCUGCAAAAAGACAUGUAUUUGGGACGAAGACAAGCACAAAUAGAAGAAGGCAUGACAUGAGGUGGGAGAAUCCCCCUUAAGGUUGGGUGUCGUGUACAUGAAUUUGGAUGGUUCAUUUGUGAAUGGGCAAGCGGCAGCGGGUGGAGUCUUGUGAAGGGAGGAUGGAAGAAUGAUGAAAGCCUUUGCCAUGAAUUUGGGAGAAAUAUCCAUCACUAGAGUGGAGCUGGAGGGCAUUGUUCAUGGGAUGUGUUUGGCGUGGGCACAAGGCUACAUGAAAAUUAUGGUGCAUACCGAAUCACAGAUUGUGAUCCAUUUGCUUAGAGAGAAGAUAAUAGACUUGGUCACCGCCAAGCCCCUUGGUGAAUAUGUCACCAAGCUGAUCACGCGAAGACACCUUGGCCGGGAGAAUAGUGUGAGCUGUAACAUGAUCCCGAACAAAGUAUCAGUCAAGUUCAACGUGCUUCGUCCUCUCAUGAAACACGGGAUUAGCGGCAAUGUGUAGCGCAGAGAACUUCGCUAACAUCACUAGCCAUGGCCAGAUAUUCAGCUUCGGCAGAAGACCGAGCAACAACGGUCUGCUUCUUAGUGCGCCAAGAGAUUGGAACAUUCCCCAACAUGAAAAAAUAGCCUGAGGUAGUGCAACGAGUAUGCUGGCAUCCAGCCCAAUCGGUGUCACAAUAGGCAGUCAACUCCACGAAACUAGAAGACAGCAAGAGAAUGCCCUACCCCGAGGCAUUUUUCAAGUAAUGAAGAAUCCUUUCGGCAGCAGCAACAUGUGCAGAAGAAGGAGAGUGCACAUACCAGCUGAGAAUUUUGACAGAAUAAACAAUGUCAGGCCGC